AUGCAUCGCUUGAUCAGUGCUGCUCUGCUAUUAGACAAAAUCAAGAUUGUUGCAUUAGAGACAUUCAGAGCUAAUUCAACCUUGCUCAAACUAGAACAUUUUGUGUCCUUAGCACUUGUUGUCAUGGGUAUUUGUAGCAGGCUUUAUAAACUGUGUCAUAUUUGGGUAAACCAGAUUGAAGAAUGCUAUCAUUUCUUGUAUCAAUGGUCAGCUUGUUUCCCAAGUGGAUUGAAAAACAAGGAGCAGGUAGUAUUUGAAAGUCAACACAAUCUACAUUGUGAAGCAGAUACACUCAAGGCCAUCAGAGCUAAAUAUGCUGAAGAAACAAUGAAGUACAAGUCUUCUAUUAGGCAUAAAGUUCAUUUGGAGACAUUUAUAGCAAAUCAAGCUGUCGUAGAUAAAGUAAAAGAAGUCAUUCAAUUAAAUGAUGAUGACGAACUUGAUUUUGAAGACUUGGGAGAAGUGAUUCAACGAUAA